AUGGAUCAUCUAGCAGGGAAUUGUGCUGGCGAAGAUGAUAACGAUCCAUGGAUUGAGGAGACAAAGCAAGAGCAAAGUGCCAUAGAAGAAAGACUAAGAUCGGAAGAAUACAAACUAUGGAAGAAGAAUUCACCAUAUUUAUAUGAUUUGAUUAUAUCCCAUGUUCUUGAAUAUUCUUCCUUAACAUGUCAGUGGUUUUAUGACAUUGAUGGACCAAAAGGAGCUGAUUAUACGAUACAACAGCUUUUGCUCGGAACGCAUACUCCACCUAAUGAACAAAACUAUCUAGAAGUUGCCUCGGUACAACUACCCAGAGAUAGCAGCCUCUACGAUUCACGCAUCCAUGAUGGCGAGAAGGAUGCCAAUGUCUAUUUACCGAUCACAAAUGGCUAUGGUUUUGGUGAGGGAGAAAAUCGUAUUAAUUUGGUUAAAAGUAUACCGCACAAUGGGGAAGUCAAUCGUGCACGAUAUAUGCCACAGAAUCAUGACAUCAUAGCAACAAAGUCUAUUGAUGGCGAUGUUUACAUAUUUGAUCUUAAACAACCUUCACCCGAACCUAAUGAAAAUAUUAGCUGUGGGCCAUUCUUAAAACUAAAGGGCCACUCGGAAGAAGGGUUUGGUCUGUCUUGGAAUCAAUACAGACAAGGUCAUAUACUCGACACUUCCACAGACAAGACAAUAGGCUAUUGGGAUAUAUCUGGAAAUACUGCGAAAUCGGCAUUAGAUUCUACCACGGCAAUAAAUACAAUCCGCGUAUUCAAAGGGCAUGAAUCAGCCGUUGAGGACGUUGAAUGGCAUACGCAUAGAUCAAGUAUAUUUGGCUCUGUAGGAGCAGACAAGAGAUUUAUGAUAUGGGAUACACGUAGUGGAAGAGAAAAACCAGCUUAUAACAUUGUUGCUCAUGAGAAGGCAGUGAACACGUUGGCGUUUAAUCCGCAUAAUGAGCAUGUAGUGGCAACCGGAAGUGUAGAUAUGAAUGUGAGUCUGUGGGAUUUGCGCAACCUGAGAUAUAAGCUUCAUAUGAUGGAAUAUCAUAAAGAUGAAAUACUUUGUCUCAAAUGGGCGCCGUUUGACGAAACUAUCCUUGCAUCAUCGAGCGGAGAUCGUCGAGUAUGCAUCUGGGACUUGAGCCGUAUUGGAGAGGAUCAAACGGCUGAAGAUGCUGAGGAAGGUCCUUCCGAGCUACUGUUUGUGCAUGGUGGACAUACCGACAGAGUGAGAGAUUUCUCAUGGAAUCCUCAUACGCAAUGGGUCAUUGCAAGCGUCGCUGAUGAUAACAUUAUGCAGAUAUGGCAACCGUCAAAUAGCAUCGUAAUAACCGAAGAUUUCGACCCAUAA